UCGCGCACUCAGUUCGUCUGUGAGCGCAGGCAGAGAAGGACGACGAGCGAGCGUCCCCCCCGCGCGCGCGCUCUCUUUCUCCGUACUCUCCCUCUCUGUCUUGUUGUUUGUAACAGAGAGAGUCGCAGGAUUAUCGUUCGGAAUUUCGCGGCGGCUUCGACAACAUGGGACUGGUACUACCGGCGCGUGGUGAACAGCAGCAACGACGGCGACAGUGAGCGGCGGCGGCGGCGGCGGCGGCGGCGGCGGCGACGACAGUGCUGUGUGACGUUUUGAUUCUCGUGCUCGAAUAAUAGAAUAUAGCGGAUCAGCGGAUCCUCGGAACAGUGUGUUGCGCUUUGUUCCGCUCUCGCUCGCAGCGUCCUCGCCGCGGUGCAGUACUCUCUCGCUUCAGAUCGCUGUGCGGAGGGUGCGGGCUCUCUCUCCAAGCGCGAGGUGAAUGAUCGUGCGCUCUCGCGAGUAUCAGUGAUUCCCGCCGGUGUUUUUCGCGCGUGUGCCAGCUGCGAGGAACGACUUGUGUGCUCUCUCUCUCUCUCUCUCUCUCUCUCUUCGUGUACCCGUCUCUACCUUUCUGUCUGUCUAUCUGUUCUCUCUCUCUCUCUCUCUCUCUCUCCGUGUGUUGAUCAACCUGUGUGAGUGAGUGCUGUGGUGCAGAGUCCCGUAGGUAUAUCCGCGCGAGAGAGCUGCCUCCGCAGCCGGAGAGACGGGCUAAAAUGGCGCUCGCGCCCGCCGUCCCAGCACCUCUAUCGACCCUCGCAAAUAACAAUUCCCCGAGUGGAGCAAGGAGCGAGCAGCAGCGACACUGUUGAGCACCCGCACAUCGUCCCCUGCGUGCCAGCUCCACACACCACGUCCGAGAGCAAGGCAGUGACAGAGAGAGAGAGAGAACGUGUGCGUCUUGUUCUCCCUCUAACCAGCGGCGGCAGUACUACGAGCGGACUAGCUGAGAUUUGGGCUUCGAAGAAAAGACGAGGAUGCGUCUCGCGACCAAGUCUGCGCCAGAAAGGGAGACGAUGAGAAGCAGCAGCAGAAGCAGCGGCAACGAGUACUAGAGAAGAGAGACAGCUCUCGAGUAUACACAGAUAUACCGCAGCGCUCGGUGAGAGACAGAGAGGAGCAAGAGUGAGAAAGGAUAAAAGAGGACAGCAGUGCGAGAGAGAGGGAGAGAAGAAGGUGCACCGAGGAGACGGCAGCUUGGCUGUGUUGCUGCCCCCCUGCUCCGGGCCGGCGGCCGACGUCAGCCGGCGACGGCCUCGACAACACCAUCAUGAGGGACCACGCGGCCCUCGCGGCCCUCAUCCAGCUGCUCAUUGCCGCCCUUCUGGCGGGCCUCCGGGGCAUCCGAGCGGAACAAGUCGUUCUCCUGGACACAACGACGGAGGGCAGUCUGAAAUGGACAAAGUUCCCCUUCGGAAAGCAGGCCAACACACCCGGUUGGGUGGAGGAGUCGUUCACGAACUUCGACAAGGGCAUCAACUGGAGGAGCUACGUCGUCUGCGACGUGGCGUACAACAACGUGAACAACUGGCUCUGGACGCCGUUCAUCGAUCGGGGACCGGCCAACCGCAUGUACAUCGAGAUCAAGUUCACAGUGCGCGACUGUUCCCUAUUCCCCGGCAACGCGCUCAGCUGCAAGGAGACCUUCAGCCUGCUCUACUACGAGUUCGACGCGGCCACCAAGGAGCCGCCGCCCUGGGAGCCCGAUAGCUACAAGCUCAUAGGCCGGAUAGCGGCGAACGAGGGCCGCUUCAACAGCAACACCGAGGUCAUCAUCAACACGGAGGUCAAGUCGAUCCCGGUGACGAAGAAGGGCGUGUACUUCGCGUUCCGCGACCAGGGCGCCUGCAUCUCCCUGCUGGCCAUCAAGAUCUACUACAUCAGCUGUCCCGAGGUCUCGGUGAACUUCGCCCACUUCCCGGCGACGCCCACGGGCCGGGAGGUCGCCCUGAUCGAGCAGACCCUCGGCACCUGCGUGGCCAACGCCGUGAAGAUCGAGCAGCCGACCUUCCUCUGCAAGGGCGACGGCAAGUGGUACCUGCCCAACGGCGGCUGCCACUGCAAGCCCGGCUACCAGGCCGACGUCGACAAGCAGGAGUGCAACGAGUGCCCCAUCGGCAAGUUCAAGCACGAGGCCGGCGAGCACCAGUGCGAGCUAUGCCCGGCACACAGCAAGGCUCCCGACUACGCCUUCACCGAGUGCCGCUGCGACGCCGGCUACUACCGCGCCGCCAAGGACCCCAAGAAGAUGCCCUGCACGCAGCCGCCAUCCGCGCCGCAGAAUCUCACGGUCAACUUCGUCGACCAGUCGACCGUCAUUCUCUCGUGGAACGCUCCGCACAAGCAAGGUGGUCGGACCGACACGACCUACCGAGUGGUCUGCGACGCCUGCAGUUCCGGCGUCAAAUACAUUCCCAACACUGAGAUCUUCAACGACACGAAGAUCACGAUCACGGGAUUAAACGCGGUGACGACCUACCGCUUCCAAGUCUUCGCGGAGAACGGAGUCUCGCCGCUGGUUGGCAAGUCCGAGUUUGUCGACAUGACCGUCACCACCCAGGCCACCGUGCCCAGCCUCGUGAGCAACGUCCGCAUCACCAACGUCAAGAGUUCCGAGCUGAGCAUCAGCUGGGACGCGCCGAUAAACGACGUCGGCGGCGACAGCGACCUCGUCGAGAGCUACGAAGCGAGGUGCCAUUCGCAGCACGAGGAUCCGACCAACGCCACCGUCGUUCUAACUCGCGAGCUCGCGGCGACGUUCAAGGGCUUAAAGCCGUCGACGGACUACGCCAUACAGGUGCGCGCCAAGACGACCCGAGGAUGGGGCGAGUACACGCCUGUCGUCUACAAGACGACGCUGCACGCGAUGGGACUUGAUUACGUUGGCGACGACGACAACAUGCAAGUUCGAAUAAUCGCCGGAGCAAUAGUCGCGGUGGUCGUGCUCCUCGUUAUAAUCAUCAUCAUGACAGUACUCUUCUUGAGAAGCAGAGCCUCGGACGAGUGCAACAAGAAGCAGCCGAGCGACUGCGACACUCUGGAGUAUCGAAACGGCGAAGGACUAGUUGUGACCUACAUGCACUGCAAAAUGGACAGUUCACCGAUUGUGACAACCCACGCUAACAACAAGAACAAGUCUUCGCUGACGACGCCGCUCUUCACGCCCGCAGUGGGAGUAGCAGCAUCGGCCGGUGGUCCAGGAGGCGCAGGCGGCGCCAGCGCCAGGAGCUACGUCGACCCCCACACCUACGAGGACCCGAACCAGGCGGUUCGCGAGUUUGCCCGGGAAAUCGACGCCGGCUACAUCACAAUCGAGGCCAUCAUAGGUGGCGGAGAAUUCGGAGACGUGUGUCGAGGGAAGCUGAAGCUGCCGCCCGACGGCAGAUCGGAAAUCGACGUGGCCAUCAAGACGUUGAAGCCCGGCUCGGCCGACAAGGCCCGCAACGACUUUCUGACGGAGGCCUCGAUAAUGGGCCAGUUCGAGCACCCCAACGUGAUAUUCCUCCAAGGGGUCGUGACGAAGAGCAAUCCUGUGAUGAUAAUCACCGAAUUCAUGGAGAACGGCAGCCUGGACACUUUCCUGCGCGCGAAUGACGGCAAGUUCCAGGUGCUCCAGCUGGUCGGUAUGUUGCGCGGUAUUGCGAGCGGUAUGCAGUAUCUCGCCGAGAUGAACUACGUGCACCGGGACCUCGCGGCGAGGAACGUACUCGUCAACGCGGCCCUCGUCUGCAAGAUCGCCGACUUUGGCCUCAGCCGAGAAAUCGAGAGCGCCACCGAGGGAGCCUACACAACGAGGGGUGGAAAGAUACCGGUUCGAUGGACCGCCCCGGAGGCGAUAGCAUUUCGUAAGUUCACCAGCGCCUCGGACGUAUGGAGCAUGGGAAUCGUAUGUUGGGAGGUCAUGUCGUACGGCGAGAGGCCCUACUGGAACUGGUCGAACCAGGAUGUGAUAAAGUCGAUAGAGAAGGGCUACAGGCUGCCGGCGCCCAUGGACUGUCCCGAGGCGAUCUACCAGCUGAUGCUCGACUGCUGGCAGAAGGAGCGGACCCACCGACCGACCUUCGCCAAUCUCACACAGACGCUCGAUAAGCUAAUCAGGAGUCCCGACACCCUCAGGAAAAUUGCUCAGAACAGGGGCACGAAUCCUCUGGCACCGGAUGCCGUGGACCUGACUCAGCUGACGUCCGUGAACGAGUGGCUGGCCUCGAUCAAGAUGUCCCGGUACGCGGAGAGCUUCGAGCGCGCCGGCGUGACGAGCCUGGAGGCGGCGGCCCGUGUCACGGUCCAGGAGCUCACGGCCCUCGGCAUCACCCUCGUCGGUCACCAGAAGAAGAUCAUGAACAGCGUGACAGCCCUCAGGGCCCAGAUGUCCGCGACCUCCCAGGGCUUUCUCGUCUAGCCCACGCUGCCUCGGCGCUACGAGGAGAUCGAGCUCCUUCUGACCCGCUGACUAGCGCCGACAGACCCCCAGCGGGUCUACGCCGUCAUCGAGGACUACCAGGACUACGACAUCCACGAUGUCAUCACUGCCGCGCACCGACACGUGCAUUACUGAACGCUAUGCGACCUACACUUGUGAACAGUGUGUGUGUGUGUGUGUGUGCACGUGCGCGAGAGAGCAGUUCCAGCAGCAAUAUUCAGCCCUCCUCGCCUGUACAGACAUCCUACCUUACGUAUACCUAUACCAGCUAUCGAUCCGAACCACGCGGCUAAUUUUCACCUCUUUCUCUCUCUUUUUCCGCUUCGAUCACUCAUGGCUUCUUCCGCAGCUGACAUGGUGAUUCAACGCGUGUUUUCUUGGCCACUUUUAUUCUUUUUUUUUCUACUAUAUUCGACGCCUCUUUUUUUUUAAUACAAGUAUACUUGUCUCAUUAUAUUGUAUUCAGCCCCGUGCUGUACCGAGUCUGCGUCUUCGACUGGGAAUGUGUCUGUCUGUCUGUAUGUUUGUGUGUGGAUGUGAGCGAGAACAAGACGAAAGAUACAAUUCUUGCCUUUAGCGUUACCUAGAUAAGUAUAUAUAAAUACAAAAAAAAGGAUAUAUACAUUAUAAAUAAAUAAAUAAAUAUAUUAUAUAUAUUAUGUACGUGGUUCGUGUAGGUACCUGUGACUUGCGACGAAAGGGAAAAACGUGCCAAUCUGACCAAACGACUGUUACGAUCACGACUGCCACGACUGACCGACUCUGCCGGACCGACCGACCACAGGAUGAACGAGUGAAUGUGUUAAAUAUUAUCGAGAUCGAAUGAGAGUUGAAUAGAGAUUAUUGUAAGGGUGAAUGGUCUGAGGAACGGCACGCAUGCGAUGCACUGCCGAUUCCUGCUAUGUACAUUACGCUCAUUAUCUCGGUACGCAUUUCUAUGAGAAUAAUGUAUCUUGCUCGUACGUCAAUGAUUUAAUCAGAAUUCAGGCGAUGCGAACUUUUUUUAGGAAAUCUUGAGAUUUUUGUUCUCCAAGCCCCUGGCCAAAAGCAUCGCUGAUCGCGAGACGAUUGCUUUGUUUUCUCUGUGUAUAACGAUAUAAAUUUACUCGUGCGAUUUCGCGAAAGAAGUCACGGCUUAUUAUGAGAGACUGUACAUACGCGCAUUGGAAAUUUUUAACCAGUUUUCGACGAUAACAGUUGAAACGAAAUGUACAUACUGUCAAGUGUUUUUUAAUUGGCUUGCUGUCAAUGUGUGUUGAAGAAUUUAUAAAUUUUAAAAUUUUAACUUCUGUGUCGUCGUUAAGAUAUAUUAGAUUGGCUAGAAGCUCGCUGCGUCGUGGGCCAAGUAUACCGCAGUUCGCUAUAAACGAAUCAUUCGGAUGUAAAUAAUAAUCUUGAUAUUUUUUAGCAAAUUAGCAUCGCCAUGAAAUGUUUACGAUUCUAUGUAGCGCUAGCAUAAUUUUUAUUACUUUAUUAUUUUCUUUAAUGGAACUCGUAAGUUUUUAAGGAAUCGUAUUGUGUAUAAUAUGAUGACGAAUAUCUGCAAUAUAAUAAAGUGAUAACUUUUCUAAACGUAAUAACGUUAAAAGUGACCAAUUUUAAUCGUAUAUGGGUAUACGACGAUCGAAUUUUUUCGUCGAAGUAGAAAUUUUAUGUAUCAAGUCGAGUUGAGUUUUCGUUUUAUUUUCAAGUUUUACAUUCCUUCUUCAAGGCGAAUGUAUUCAUAAAUGUGUAUUUACUUUUCGAACAAAAAGUAGCGAACCACAUUUACGUGUAGCGCGGGGAUCGAUAUUUUAAUUUUGUUUUCCGCCGGGAUCUUGGAGAAUGAAAAUCUGGUGAUUUUGAUUUGAGAGAACGUAGCUAUCCGAAGGAAAUGUCACUGAAUUCGGAUGUUUUGGUGUCAGCAAAUCUGCGCCGCGUUCCUCGGCAUCGCGAACAUAUCACAACUUGGACUUGGUGAGCGAGCGCGAAACAUAUAAAUGCGUAUGAUAAAAGUACAUCGCGUGGCUCUGAGAGGGUCGAAAGCCUCUUAUGUUAAAGCAUGAAUCGAAGAAACCACUUGAAAGUGCGCCAACACAUCGAAAUUUCAAUCGUUGCAACACAUAGACCAAGUCUCAAAGCGAAGCUAAGCUACGUCCAUUCCAGUAAACCUUCUACAGUAUAUAACGAUUGAAAUCUAGCGUGAAGCGAAUCAAGUAUAAGGGGAAAAAUCUGAGACAUAUAGUAAAAAAAAGAGAGAGAUUUAGACUAGGAGCUUUCAAUUUAAGAAGGAUUCCUGUCUCGUUGCACACAGAAGCCCUAAACGUAAAAAGACUGGUUUUUCCACGACAUCUAAAGUCUCGCGUCUGACCGAGAUUACCGAAUCAUUACGACGUACAACAAAGUAUUUUACAUGCUUUUUCAGUUUCUUUUUUUAUCAUACGAAAUAUAUAUAUAUAAAUAAAAGAAUAAAGUCUGUCCGAACCGUGCGAGGUCGAAACGGUCAUGCCUCGUGAAAGUGUUUAUAUUCUUAAUUUUCAGGAGCAGUGUAAACUAGUACGAAUCUUAAAGAAAGACUAAAUAAAACGGCUCUAUAUUUCGCAUCGUGCGCCUGUUCGUUUUUCCAAAAAAAAAAAAAAAAAAAAAAAAAAAACGAUAGACGCCAAUUGGGAAUUCGAGAGAUGCUCGAUGCGACGGAAACCAAGGCCUUUCUCUUUGUACGAGGGAUAAGUGCGAUGUGGAAUCGAGGAUUACAUGAGCUAAUCGAUAUAUUAAAGUAAAGAAAAAAAAAUAAGGUGACGAUUAUAAGAAGCAAUAAGUGGAUACACGCAAAUGCAGAUUUUUAUAUAGAGAAUGUUAAAAAUUUUCAGAUGAUAUUAAUUAUCGAAUAGCGCUAUCUUCCUAAAUGUUCGUAUUACAAGUUAAACAAUAUGAGAUAGGUAAAAAGAAAAAAGGCCGCCGAAGCCGGCGCACGGAGUUCUAACCGAAAUCGUGAGUAUACACUUACUUGGCGAAUGAUUUUGACAGUAUAGAAGAGAAAGUGAGGACCUGUUUGAACAAGUGAAAAGAAUAAAUAAAUUAUUGCGACGUGAUGGAUGUGUGCAUGUGUGCAAAUGGCUGUGUGGGUGUGUGCGUGCGUGGGGAUAGUAUACACUGUGAAGCUUUCGAAUCGAAUGCUGGAAGAAUGUUUUCAGGUUUUGAACUGUAACUAGAUCUAGUUGUGUCUAAUAUUGAGUAUGUAAGUGCGCUGGAUAAUUUCAAAAACUUGAUACCGACUAAUUGGAUAUCUUGGCAAAAUUCGAUUACUCGUCUGCUGACACUCUUGGUUAGAGCAACAUUUAAAAAAAUUGGUCUUCCUUACGUGCGUUUUGACGACGACGAAGCAAGCUUUUGAAAUUGCCGAUCGCAUUUUCAGUCGCACACAUACACACAUAUUUUGGUUACCUCGUACACACCUGUAUAAGACUUGAUGAGAUCGUAAAGCGAGAUGUCGAUCGAAUGAAAGUUUAAUGGAAUCAGUUAGAAAUGUAGAAGAAAAGAAAGCUAAUCAAAAUUUGCAAAGCCGCGUGACUGUCCUCGUCUGCAACGUUUGUAAAGAGCGUAAUGGAGUUGUAGGGAAAGAAAUCGUUAGAUGCCUCACACUUUUUACUUAAUUCCCUAACAAUUACUGCCUCUGUACUACUAUUUAUUAAAGUAUGAGAAGAAACUUAUUUAUUGUUUAGAAACCUGGCUGAAUUAAAGAAUCUUUUAUUAUUAUCGUAUAAGUUUAUGUAUUUCUAGCGUAAAAGGAAGAGGCAAAAAAGCAUUUCCUUUUGUUUUCGAAGUUUUAUAAAAACUUCGCUAUUGUAAAAAAAAUGACACGAAACCAGAACAAUGAUAGACAAAAUCGUAAACAAUAAAUAUGAACGUCGAAUCGAUAAGCAAUUCAUAGAAUUACAUUAGUUAAGCGUUUUUUAGAUGACGUACGUGCGCGUUGUUUUAUUUCUAUAUUCUACAAUUGCUUUAACAGCGAGAAAUCUUUGCCAAAGUACCUGCUUAGAAAAAAUGAACAAUCUUGUAACGUGAAAACGACAAAAAAAAGAAAGAGAAACAGGUACCGUCCCAUGUAUAUCGCUUACAUACGUUUUUAUGCACGAUAUAAUUUUACACGCUCAUGUAGACAGAGAUUAUUAUUGGUUCAAUCAUUAUAUCAUUACUACAUUCGUAUAAACCGGAAACAGAUACAUGUUCACACAAACACAUUACCUCCGUGCGUCUUCAAUUUUUUGUAUAAAGAAAAGAUGAAAACAAAUACGAACAAAUAAAAUACAGAGUGAAAUAACAGAGCGCAAAAUAGAAUCUGUCAACAAAUUUUUGGGAUAAAUCUAAACAUUUUUCCUAUGGUGUUGUCAAGACGAUGUUGAAUGUACAUAAGAUAUAAUAAAUAACAUACCUUAUAUGAUGUAAAGUA